AUGGGUCGAGCCUGCGGCGGGAAUGGCGGUGGCCGAGGAGCGUGGCCGGCUUCGGCUGUUGGCGGCUGACAUUCAGGCCGCGCUGCGCUCCGGGGUGGCGGUGCCCUCUCUAGCCCGGUGCCUCGAGGAGCUACUCCUCAACAGUCUGGAGGCCGGCUGCGGCUGCGCGGCCGCUCGUGUGAACGCGCAGGCUGGGCGCGUGCAGGUGGCGGAUAACGGGGCGGGGCUGGAGCGCGCGGCCCUGGAGCUGGCGGGCACGCGCUACUGCAGUAGGGGUGGGGGUGAUCCUAGGUAUAUGUGUGUUCCCAGGGCAGGGGGUGGCGACGACCCAGGGGGUGGUGGUGACCCAGGGGUUGGUGACCCAGGGGUUGGUGACCCGGGGGGUGAGGGUCCUGGGAGCGGUGGUUGGAAAUGUCCCAGGGGAGAAGACGAUGGUGAUCCCAGCUAUCUUGACCUGCCAGGGCCUGGGGCCCGUGGUGAGGCACUGGCCAGCAUUGCUCACCUGUCAGGGCUGGUGGAGAUAGUGAGCAGGCCACAGGGCUCCAGUGGCACCUGGGUGAAACUAUUCCGCAAUGGGCAUGCCCGGCCGGUUUGUGAGGCCGAGAUGGGGAGGCCGAGUCCCGGAACCACAGUCACCGUCUGCAACCUCUUCUACCGAUUGCCAGUGAGGCAGCGCCGCCUUGGCCGGCCCCUGGAGUGGGAGCAGAUCCGCCGCCGAGUGCAGGCUCUGAGCUUUCUCUACCCUGGCGUCUCGUUCACUGUACGCGAUGAAGCCUCCUCUGUGGCUGGAGGCUCAUUGGUGGUGAGGCUUCCCAAAGUCCGUAACCUUCAGGCCCGCUUUGCUCAGAUCCAUGGCCCUCAGCAGGCAGCAACACUAUGCCGUAUCCAGCACUCAUCCAAUGGUUUCCAGCUGAGUGGCUUCAUCAGCUGUCAGGGCCACCACAGCAAAGCCCAGCGACUGGUGUUUGUCAACCAGCGACUGGUGCUUAAAACCCGUAUCCACAAGGAGCUGGACUCACUGCUGAGGCGACACAGCUUAAUCUGUCAGCCUGAACCUGGCACUGGGCCCCGGGGAGGCUCCGAUCUUCACCCUGUCUAUAUCAUCAACAUCAACUGCGACCGUAGCCAGUAUGAUGCCUGCUGGGAGACAAACAAGACCUUGCUAGAGUUCACUGACUGGAAUCUUUUGCUGAGUUUGCUGGAGGAGGGGGUCCAGGCCUUCUUGCGACAGGAACAGUUACUGGUUGACCCCACAGAGGAGCAGAUUCCUGCCCCGCUACCUAUUGCUGGCUUGGACUUCAGGUUCUCACAUGAAAGAGUAGCAGUGCUGUCCAAAUCAGUCCAUCGGCAGGUGGUGGUUCCAAACAAUCCAAGGUUGGCAGCAGAUUCUGAACCCUGUGAUGCUGUCUGUCAGGGACAAGUCUGUGACGACAUCAAAGAUCCAGCCUUGCAUGCUCAACAGAGUGGCCUGUCCUGCAUUAAAUCCCCAAGGCACCGCCUUUGUUCUGCAUUUCAAGAAACAGCUACAAGUGACAAGCCUCCAUUGGAAAAGGAGGGAAGCAUUUUGCUCAGAGACCUGAGUACACCGGCCAGCUCUCAGACACAAUCAACACAGCAAGCACAGUCUGGCACACCUCUUUGCCUCCUCACAACUGACAAUGAGAAUAGGACCUUGUCAGUCACUGAAAGCCCCACACAAGAGGAGAAACAAGCAAAGGUGGGGAUCGGAAAGCAGACAGGGGAACCACAGGGGGAGCAGGGCAGGGAGUCACUGGGGGAGCAGGCAGGGGAAUCACAAGGGGAACAGGUGAGGGAGUUGCAGGGGGAGCAGGGAAGGGAGUCGCAGGGGGAGCAAGCAGGAGAUGCGGGGCAGAUGGGGGAAUCCCGAAGAGAGCAGGCAGGAGGGGGGGAGCAAAUGAGAGAAAGGGAGCAGAUGGGGGAUUCACAGGGGGAGCAGGCUGGAGAAUCACACGGGAAUCAAUGGGUGGAGGAGCUGUGUGGGGAGCAGGAAGUUGAGGUGGAAUGGCAGAAGGACGGGGUGCAGCGGGGAGAGAAGAUGGUGGAAUUGGGUACGACUGGUCUCAUAACCCACAAUGUCCCCAGAAAAACGAUAGAAGUAGGCACUGUAAGUGUUAGCUCUUCAGACUGGGGUCAUGUCCGUCGUCCGGGCCCAGUGAGUGCCUGGGAGAUUCUGAAUGAGAGGAUGAGAAUGGGAGAUGGACAGCUCCUGCCUGAUGACCGAGCGCUCUCAAAUAUAUCUCAGAAAAGUGGGAGAGAUAUUCCCCGAGGUUCUGUGACUGACUGUCAGAAAAUUCAGGAUACUCAUCAGUCUCAUCAUACAUCUGAGAGCUUUGCUGAAUCAAUGAUAAUCUCUCAGAAGAUGAAUCUACCACAAUAUCACUCCAGUUUGGAGAACAGAAAUCCUGUCAACUGUGAGCCCAUGUGUUGUCAGGCGAGAUUCCACAGAAAGCUGGGCAUGUCUCUAAUAACUGGAUCUCUGGAUGUAUUUCGGAGAAACUAUGGGAAAAUCAAUGAUGACCAGGAUGGUGGAGGCUCUUCUCAAGGCAGUGUACCUAUUCAGGACAGUACUGGUGAAGCAACCAAAAGGCCAUCACUGUCUAAUGUGACUGUAACCCCAGGAACAGAGAGGCUAUACCAGAACACCAGUAUCGGAUUUACUGGUUCUGUAAUUAGUGACCAGAGUGAGAGUUUGCAGCUUGAUCAGUGUGAUUGCCAUGGUCUUUUAAGGAAUUUGUAUUCAGUUGGAACUUUCCCAGUUACUGGUCGUGUGGCCAGGGCACAUGUCACCCCGUUUGCAACGCCUGGUUAUUCACAAGCCAAACAAACCUCUCCAGUUAGCAAGGAGCCUCGAAGAACCCUUGCUGCAAAAUUGUCCAAGUUAAAGGACCUUAAUAAAGGACAGCCUGCUGAAGAGAAAAGGGCAGAGUCCAAAGCAGGAAGUUCCCUCAGUUCUUGCCAACCUUGUGAGAGUUUCAAUUACCUUCUUCAGCCAGAACAGCAGUGUGCAAAACCUCCAACUCUACAGCUAGCACACUCAGCUGUUCCGGUGAACUCUGAAAAUUCUCCCCUUCGAGAAAGGGGAGUGAGUGAGGCAGACUGGCAGGAAGACAGGAUCAGUGCAACAAUUGAGAGAGUCCAAUUCCUGAGUAACAGUAGAUCUUGUCUUGUUAAGUUGCCUUGGCCUACAGUUGAUGAAAGGACUGAUAAUGGAACAGACGCUCACUCUGGUCUGCAGGUUGGAGACCAAUCUCAAGAUGACAGAACAAGUGCUGUAAACUUGAACCUGCUUAUAGAAGAUUCUGUAGCCACGCAGAAAAUGUCAGAACCAGUUUAUAUCCAAACUAACUCAACAGACGCUGAACAAUUUCUGAGAAGCUGUGCCAAGGCCUGUAAAGGUCAAAGUGAUCCAUUGAAAAGUUUCUCUUCAGACUGGUUGCAGUACUUUGAUGGAUCCCUUGGGAAGAUGGUGUAUGUAAACAGCAUGACUGGACUGAGUAGCUAUGAUGUCCCACCAGAUGUCCAGGCAGAAGCAGCUUGCGUGAAAGACUUCACAACAAUGCCAGUUAAUGUUCUCACUAAGACUGGUUUCCAAUACCAGUGUUAUCCAUUCCGCAGCCAUAGUCUUAUCCCUUUCCUGCCACGGCCACGUGAAGAGAGACAGAAAGACAGAAGCGGUACCCAGUCAGGAUCAAGUGAUUCUCUGCAGUCACUGUUUCGGGAGUGGACAAAUCCAGUCUUUCUUCGUCCUCCAGAGGUUGCUGUCGAUGUUAGCAAUGACCAGGCUGGCAGUUUGGCAGUGAAGAUUCACAACAUCCUGUACCCUUAUCGCUUCACCAAAGACAUGAUCGGCUCAAUGCAGGUGCUUAACCAGGUGGACAAUAAGUUCAUUGCCUGUUUGAUAGAAACAAGAACCAAUAGAGAAGCACCAACAGGGGGUAAUCUGCUGGUGUUGGUUGAUCAGCAUGCAGCCCAUGAGAGAGUGCGCUUGGAACAGUUGAUUUCUGGUGAGCGUGCUGAACAGGGUCUUGCGCCAGGAUUUUAUAUUCAGAUAACAACCUCAGCAUGUAAUUUUGUGCCCACGAUUCGUAGCAUUGAAUUCUGCAAAAGCUGUGGCCAGGUGGGCAGCCAGAAGCAGCAUGAUCAGUGCUGA